GAGCCUGUUAAAAGGCAGAAAUUCAGUCUCUUAAAAUGUUUACUGACAUUUUACCAAAUGCAGUAGAACACAGUGAAGAAAACUGCAGUCUGUCUCAUAAGAUACAUUCUGUUUAUAUCGUCAAAUUUUUAAUUAGAAAAGUUACUGCCUCUUAUAAAGUUACAGUACACAUACGGUAGUGAGAAAAUGUAGAUAUGAAAUGUAAAUUGCUGUUGGAUUUUGAUGACUUUAGAAACUGUUCGUGUGCUGCAUCAUAUUUUGAGUGUGUGCUAGAUUUGUGCAGCUCCCAGAAUAGCCACACUGCACGCUGCUCUCCAGCUCAGAGAGGAAUCAGGCUGGAGCAGAUUACCAACUUAUCUCCCAGCCCACACACAAAACAGGUCAAGUGGUCACAAAAAUCUUAAGGGCCUCAGUCAAAACAAAACAGUCUCCACCCUGCAGCUGAUGGCUGACUGCAUUCAUCUAUAUGUUUGUUUUUUCUUUCCCCACAGGCGUGUUAGUGAUCAGCUAUGUGUGACCAGACGUUCAUGGCAGCCACUUUUGGCCCUUGUGACAGCUGUGGGAAGACUGGGCCUCUAAUGAACAUCUACAUUAAGAAUGAGCCCGUUAACUAUUGCUCCUUCUGUGUGGAAGUGAUGGCCUAUCGGGGGCUCCAGAAAGGGGAAACCCUGGAGACGCUGAGGCAGGAGAGCGACACUUUGAAGAAGAAGCUGGAAGAGGAGCGGGGCAAGCUGAACGACGUGGAGUUGCACCAGGUUGCUGAGAAGAUUGAGGUGGUGGGUGCUCUCUCCAUAAAGACCAGGCGUGUGUUGAAGGGUCAUGGGAACAAGGUGCUGUGUAUGGACUGGUGCAAAGACAAGCGUCGUCUAGUCAGCUCUUCACAGGAUGGAAAAGUGAUUGUCUGGGAUGGAUUCACCCUUAAUAAGGAGAAUGGGGUGAGCCUGCCAUGUACCUGGGUUAUGGCGUGUGCUUAUGCUCCUUCAGGUUGUGCUGUAGCAUUGGGUGAUGGAUUGGAUAACAAGUGCUCAGUGAUCCCACUGUCUCUGGACAAAAACGAGAACUUGGCUACAAAGAAGAAGUCGGUUGCAAUGCACACCAACUACGUCUCAGGAUGCACCUUCACCAGCUCGGACAUGCAGAUCCUGACCUCCAGUGGGGACGGCUCCUGUGCCUUGUGGGAUGUGGAAAGCGGGCAGCUGCUACAGAGUUUCCAUGGUCACACGGCUGAUGUCUUGUCCCUGGACCUCAGUCCAUCUGAGACUGGAAACACUUUUGUCUCUGGGGGAUGUGAUAAGAAGUCCUGUGUUUGGGACAUGCGCUCCGGGCAGAACAUUCAGACUUUUGAGAACCAUGAGUCUGACAUCAACUGUGUGAAGUACUACCCCAGUGGAGAUGCAUUUGCUUCUGCUUCUGAUGAUGCGACCUGUCGCCUCUAUGAUCUGCGAGCGGACCGUGAAGUAGCCAUCUACCAGAAGGACAGCAUCAUAUUUGGUGCUUCUUCUGUGGACUUCUCUCUCAGUGGUCGCCUGCUUUUUGCUGGGUACAAUGACUACAGUAUCAAUGUGUGGGAUGUUUUAAAGGUAACUCGUGUUUCCAUCCUGUUUGGCCAUGAGAACCGCAUCAGCAGAGUCUGCGUGUCCCCUGAUGGCACUGCACUCUGCUCGGCCUCCUGGGACCACACCUUACGGAUUUGGGCCUAGUCUUUUGACACUUGUGGUCCAGCAAAGACGGCACCAGUGUUACGAGACUGACAAAAGUCCAUAAAAUCAACACUGCUGCAGGAGUGUCUUCAUAUAAACCUUCAGUGUGACAACCACACAGAAUCACAGAAAACGAAAAUGUCUCCUCUGAAUGAUGAUAUACAGUAUCAUUGUAUCAUAAAUGUAGAGUCAGUGUUCAGUAUUCAGUCGGGGGCGACAGCGGUGCGGUGGGUAGAGCAGUCGUCUCCCAACCGGAAGACUGAAGUUACCCGUGAUGGCAGCACGUAUGCACGCAGCGGCCUGGGGCCCCUCGGCUCCAAACAAAA